CGCAGUUAGAAGGAGUAGGGGAGAUGAAUCACGAUGGGAGUUGUGGUAGUGGGAGGGCUGGGUGUAAUGGUAGUGGUAGCAGCGGCAGUAGUAUUGGCAGACUUAGUACGUCCGAAUCAAAACAACAACAUCAAUGCCAUUCUUCUCAGCUUCCAGCUCAGGAAGCACCAGCUAACGACCACAGCAUGGAGCAAGACCUCGCUGUUGAAGAGUAUAUGCGUAUCACAGAUGGGGAAGUAUUAUCUCUGAUUAAUCGUGACCCGCUGAGUCGUGCGUACUACCGGUUCGCAGUAACAGAGCGCAACAUGCUUCUCGGUGUUGCUACACUGCAGUUGCCUCAGGAAGUUGACGUCAAAGCAGUAGAACGUUAAGGCUAGUAGAGGAAGACGUACUACUAAGCUUGUUUCUUAACCUUAUAAAUAGUGAAAGAAACUCGUACUCGACGGACAAUUAAUAAGUGUAAUGACAAUGUGUUUGUUUUUGUAUUAUAACAUAGGGUGGAUUGGAGACACUUUCAAGUUAAUCAAAUACGCAGUAUAGAAUCAUUUUCUCAUUAGACUCCACCAACGUAAGCAACAAAUUUCCUUGAAAUGGAAUUUUGAAUCCGAGAAACUAAAAAUUUUGCUUUCAUCGCCUUUUAAUCAAAUUCAAUUGCUGAUGUGCGUACUGCAGUUGCUUCACGUUUGUGAUGGAAUCUUGCCAAAAGUGAAUUUGAAGAUUGAAAAAAAGCGUAAAAUUUUGAUUUUAUUUACUUUUAAUUGAAUUUGAUUCCUGAGUACCGUAUUUCGAUUUCUACUAGCAAGUGAAAGGUCUAAGACUGCGAAGAAGAGGAGAUGAGGGACUUUAUUGUGCGCUACAUGCUAGAAAAAGAUUGGGCAAGCGCGGAUUCAGCACCCCAAUUCAAAUUGCCAGACGUUAUGAAAUCGAAAGUAAUGAUGUGUAGUACUCUCUCACACUCAAAUCUAGUUCUAAGGAGUAUUUACACUUCGUUGACAGGUAUAGACGUCGAAGAACAUCACGAUACUAGUGGUCACCCCUAUGUUGAACAACUCUUUUACCAGAAGAGAAGACCUGCACAGCAAGAUCUGCUUAACAAAAUGCUCCUUGUUAUGAUUGAUAUAUAGAUUUUUUUCUUUGUAUAGUUAGGGUAGCAAGAAUCAACCCUCCCAUUCUUUGUAUGGUAUUUAACGAAGAUUCAUUGUGGUACAGCUUCUAGUAUAACCGAGGUAGGCACAUCAAUCAAAAUUCAUCUACUGAGUUCUCGGCUUCAAAGCUUAAUUAGUCACUCAAUCGAUCAAUCAAUCAAUCCACGACUCAUUCUUUGUAUUACGAACGUAGAUAUCAAUUAAUUAGUCGUUAAUCAUUAGUACGCGUACGGCUUAUGUUACGUACAUUACUACGACUUCUAUCAUAGACUUCUUCAUACCGGGGGAGCCCGAAUUGACACGUGCUGAUCUGAUUGGGUCGUGUAAGGAGUUUCCGAACCUGAUGUUCCGAUGCGACGAGUUCCAUUGCGGGAACAAAGCCAAAGAUCCGAGGGAAUAUGUGGCUUUUUUUAUGACGUGUUUCUCAAACAUCCACAAGGAUAAGACGCUGCAUUUUGUUUGGUUCACUCCUUUCGCCUUAUAACAUGUUGUCCUUAACAUUAUCAUCCGGAAUACCUGACUUUUUUGAUUUUUUGUUUGCUAGUUAGGAGUGCUCCACCGAUAUUAUCAUCGGAUCUUGUUCUUCACGAUAGAGAAAUAUGUUGGUGCGUUCAAUCUUGUUGUACGUCAUCUCACCUCUUCUAGUCCUUCUACUUCUCUCUCUUCUUCUUCUUUCAUCUCCCACGAUUCGAAAGGGUACGUCUGCAGUAAGGGUUUCGCUUUGAACAAGACUACGACUGGUGAUCAUGAACUCCAAUGGUCGAAGAGGCAAGUUUCGAUGCAGUUUGACGCGCCGAAGCAGUGUAGGAAAUGUGGUCGAAAAUUCUUGCUGCGGAAAAGCUCAAGGUCUUGUUUCCUUACAUCAACUUCAUCUACGGACCACUGCAUGCUCGCUCCAUCUACAGACGACCUAGAUGAGGAUCAACAUCUUGAAGUUUUUCCCACUUCAUCUGGCACCACGACCACCUGCAAAUGCGAGCGUCCUGGAACUCUUGAGCCCGUGUAUUCAAAACGAGGCCUCGCUGCCCUUCGUCUACGUCUAGCUGCCGCUUUCUACGCUUUUCUAGACGACCGGAAAAAAGAGUGGGGGCUUGCCGAACAACAUGUAGAAGGAGAAGGCAAGGUUCAACAAGAUGAACGACACAGAACCGAACAGCACAGAACCUCCGUUGCUGGCGGGGCAGUCACGAGACCACCGUUGCUGUCUGCGCGUGGCGGCGCAGGAAUCACAGAUGACGAUAUAGUGGCUGCAGCGUCGGUGGGGAUGAAGGAUCCAUCGGGUUUAAUCUCGUGCUUUAAUCUCCUCGUGCAAGAACCGAAGAAAAAACAUGAUAUCGUUCAUCAACCGACAAGUGGAAGACGCGUACUUCCUAAAAGCACAAGACGAAACUACAAGCACAAGAAGAAGCUAGCACCGAUAAGCAAACGUCGGCUGACUCUUGCCUGGCACAAUGAAGCUAAAGGUCGAAAGAACAAUCCAUCUCGGGAUGCUGAUGAAGAAAAAGCUAGAAUAAGGUCGAAGGGUCAGUAGAAAAAGAAAAGUCCUCACAGUCUUUCAUUGAAUUUAAAGUAAGCUCGUGGUGUCUUUGAAAAAUUGCUUCUAUUGAGUACAAGUUCUUUAUUUCGAUUGACCUCUAAAAAGCGAGUCAGAGACCUCAUCUAGCUGAUAUUGAUAAGAUAAUUCUCUUUCUCUCGUAUUCAUCACACGUCAAAGUAACCACCACAACACAUCACCAUCAUCAUUCGAGUGUAGUUCACAAUCCUCCCAUUGUUCUUUAGAAAAUUUACUUCUGAAUUUGAACAAGGAAAGGUAUCCUUUGCCCUGAUGAGUUUCAAAUUCAACAGUAGUACAACUACAAGUACAAAAAUAAGCACAUCAAGAAGAUCAACAACUGGCUGGGAAGCUAGAGCUUCAGCAGCCUCAAUGACCUAGAAAAUUUACUUCUGAAUUUGAGCAAGGAAAGGUAUCCUCCAUGCUACUAGAAGAUAAGUACCUGUUGUGCUAUUUAGUUUUACAGCCAACAUGUCGAUGUUGAUGGGCCCACAAAAAUAUGCUUUCACUUCAAACGCGCUUGUCCCAACAUUGAUGAUUACCCGAGCAAGAACGAACUUCAGAUACAGCAGACGACAUCAGAUUCUUGUAUGACACUAGCAUUGAUGAGAUGAAAAACUAAGAUUACA